AUGGAUUCCUUGUUAGCGAACUAUGCUUCCUCCGACGACGAAGGGGAAGCCGAAGAAGUCUCUCGUCCUAUUUCUACUUCCAAGCUCUCUUCUCUCUCCACAAAUCUUCCUCCCCCCAAAUCCUCCUCGUUCUUCUCCUCACUUCCUCCUCCCCGAAUUGCCACCUCUUCUUCUCCUUCUUCCUCUUCCCCUUUGUUUUCUUCUAUUCCCCCUCCCAAAUCUCAGUUUCCCAACCACUCUCUAGAUGAUUAUAAGAGAGAAGAUGAUGGAGGAAAGCCCUACAGGAAACUGCCGUCCUCCUCCAUCUUCUCUUCUCUGCCGCCACCCAAAACUUCCUCCUCUGCCACUUACUCCUCGCUCCCCGCCCCUAAAUCUCAAUCGGGAAAUCCUUCCAACAAACCAUCAUUAGAUCAAAACGCUAGAAAGGUCGUUCCUUUCACCAUUCCAUUGAAUCCUUCAAUGCUCAAAUCACAUGAUCCUGAUGAGGAGGAGGACGAGGAGAUGAUAAGAAAAGUCAGAAAGGAUGCUCCGCCUUUGUCCGCCCCAAAAGCGCUCUCUUCAAUGCUUCCUGCACCGAAAAACUCUAUCUGUCUAGCUCCGGCUCAAUCCAUGGGUGUGUUGAGGAGAUCCAGCUUGCAAACGGAUGCCCUUCCUCUGAAUUUUCAACAGGAAUCGAAAGCAGAGAAAGAAGAAGGCAGUUUUGCAAACUAUUCUACGUACCGUGCAGAGCAAGGCGUGGUUACUGGCUAUGAGAUCUAUGGGA